AUGUCAUAUAGAUAGAGAUGUUAACAGUAAAAUAAUAAAAUUAUAAGUAUUGUUUUAAUCCUUGAAAGUUACGCUUAAAUUGAGGUUGUUUAAAACAAAAUCUUUACAAUUUAUAUAUAUUUUUUUUCAGGAUUUAAUCUUGCAGAAUCUGAAUUAAUAUUUUACAAUGAUAAUAACUUCUAGAGAAGAAAUAUUAAAUUCUACGGAAUAUUAAACUUGGUUUUCAAAAAAAAAAAAAGUACUCUAAAGAAUGUUGAAUUGUUACUCUGA